CGCAACAAAUUCGUCAUUGCCCCGCCGGAAGUAGCAUAGAAGGGCGAACGACUAUUGUGAUCGUCCAAAAGAAACGCGAGCUUCGCUUUGGACUCUUUCCAAAGCAGGCCAAGCUCACAGUCCAGUCGGUUGCCAUGGCGUCUCCGGGGGGACAAGGAGGGGGAGUUUUGUCCACAAGAGGAGGAGCCGGGUCCAGGAGGAUGAAGUGGGCUCUCGAGCUGAGUUUAGGCAACACCAGGUGUCGGAGCGACCGCCAGGCCGGCCAGGGCGAUGUCGUUUAUCCCAUCGGAUAUUCGGAGAAGCCCGUGCCUGACACCAGCAUCCAAGAGACGGACAAGAACCUAGUGGAAAAGCGAUGCUGGGAUGUUGCGCUGGGCCCUCUCAAACAGAUCCCCAUGAACCUGUUCAUCAUGUACAUGUCGGGGAACACCAUCUCCAUCUUCCCCAUCAUGAUGGUGUGCAUGAUGGCCUGGAGGCCCAUACAGGCACUGAUGUCCAUGUCAGCGACCUUCAAGCUGUUGGAGAGCUCCAGUCAGCAGUGGCUUCAGGGACUCGUCUACCUGGUGGGUAACCUGCUGGGCUCGGCGUUGGCCAUCUACAAGUGUCAAUCAAUGGGGCUGCUGCCCACGCACUCGUCUGAUUGGCUGGCUUUCAUUGAGCCUCCUCAGAGGAUGGAGAUGAUGGGCGGAGGGAUGGUGUUGUGAAGCGGGCAGCGCACAGACCCGCGAUCCAACUAUUUCCAGCUCCCGACGCAGCAGCCGAGAUGAACCCGGGACGCGACGGAGGCUUGGACGAGCGAUCGACGGCCGGCGUCUUGUCAAUUUGUUUUGCCUUGUUUUUGUUUUGUUUCAUUUGGGACAGACGCAUUGUUGUUCAUCAGCCGCGGUGCUUUUGCGUCCUCUGCGUGUUUUAUGGAACGACUACCAUCACCUGACAGUUUUUUUUAUAAAAAUUUUUUCCCCUGAAAACAAUUGCGUUAAUACUCUUGAUUCAUCAACUUGAUUUUAGAGAGCUCGCCAGUGUGUAAUGCAAUGUGUAACUUUAAUUUAUACUGAUUUGCCUUCACAAAAAAUAAAUUCUUCUUGAUUUGAA